UAAUACAGGAGCCUGUGCCUCACACACACACUGCAGAUCCAGCAUCGUUGGGCACACAGCUAGGGAGCACUACACCCUGAUGGUGACGGGGGCACAAAGAAGCCGGGCUGAUGUCCCCAGGCUGAGGGCUCCUGUCUGUGUGAGGCUCUUCCCUGUCACCCCCAUGCCCCCUGUGCUCAGGGCUGAAUGAUUAUGUAUGAAUGAUGUGUCUGGGGCUGCUCUGGGUUGUAGCUGCUGUGAUCUCUACCAGUGCCACUAUGCCUCCAUUGGGUUCUUCACUGGUCAAUACCACAGUUUCCCCCAUCACUGCUCAUUCGGACUCCCCGAAGCGAUGGCACCAGAAGCUCAAUCACAAACAGAUCACCCACCCCAGCCACUUGGUGGAGCACACCUCUGGAGCUGAGACCCCCAGAUAUCAGCUGGACACCAGGGUUAGAAGCCAGAACCAAAAUGACCCGGAGGCCCAUGUUACACACGCCAGUUUCCUUGUGCCGUUGUCUGGAAAAAAUGUUAUUCUGGAUCUGGAACUAAAUCAUCACCUUCUGUCAUCGAAGUAUGUGGAGCGGCACUAUGGUGAUGGCAAUAGUUCUCAUGUGGUGACUGGUGGUACAACUGGCAAUCACUGUUAUUAUCAGGGAAAAUUGCGAAGGGUAGAGGAUUCAUGGGCUGCCAUUUCCACUUGCAACGGUCUCAGUGGGGCCUUUUCCGACGGAGUUUACACAUAUACAAUAUAUCCUUUGGAACAGAGCACAGAGACAGAAAAAUGGCCUCAUGUUAUUGAGCGAACAAAAAAAUGCACAGAGCCAGACUGUGAACAUCACACAAUUCUUCCAGGCUCCAAAAUACGAAGGAAAAGACAGGUUCGUCGGACUUCACACUCAGCUCUGACUGAGACCAAAUAUGUUGAACUCAUGGUGGUGAAUGACCAAUAUUUGUUUGAUCAGCACCGCCAGUCUGUGGGUCUGACCAGUAGCUUUGCCAAAUCAGUGGUGAAUUUAGCUGAUGUUAUUUUUAGAGAACAACUAAACACCCGGAUUGUGCUGGUUGGCAUGGAGACCUGGACGUCUACAGACAAGAUAACUGGAAGUGAGGAUCCCCUUCAGGUUCUGGAAGAAUUCAUGAGGUACCGGAGAGCAGAAAUCCCGGAGCAUAGCGACACCACUCACCUCUUCUCAGGACAAACUUUUAAGAGCAGUCACAGUGGGGCAGCUUAUUUUGGUGGCAUCUGCUCUCCAACCCAUGGUGGUGGCGUAAAUGAGUAUGGGAAUAUUGGUGCCAUGGCAAUUACAUUGGCCCAGACCCUGGGGCAAAACCUUGGCAUGAUGUGGAAUAAACCACGCACUACAACUGGUGACUGCAAAUGUCCUGAUCUGUGGCGGGGCUGCAUUAUGGAGGAUACUGGAUUCUACCUCCCCCAGAAGUUUUCCCGUUGCAGUGUGGAUGAGUACAGCAAGUUCCUGCAAGAUGGAGGAGGCAGCUGUCUGUUUAAUAAACCCCUCAAGCUUCUGGAUCCUCCAUCCUGUGGCAACGGUUUCAUUGAGAUUGGGGAGGAGUGUGACUGCGGCUCUCCUGCUGAAUGUAACAAGUCCAGAGCAGGGAAUUGCUGCAAGAAGUGCACCCUCAGCCAUGAUGCUAUGUGCAGCGACGGAUUGUGCUGCCGGGGCUGUAAGUAUGAGCCCCGGGGGACCGUGUGCCGUGAGUCUCUUAAUGAAUGUGAUGUGCCAGAGGCUUGCCCUGGAGAUUCCAGCGCGUGCCCGGCAAAUCUGCACAAGCAAGAUGGAUACUUCUGUGACAACGAGCAGGGACGAUGUUUUGGCGGUCGCUGCAAGACCAGAGAUCGGCAGUGCCAUGCACUAUGGGGGCGCGGUGCAUCGGAUCGGUUUUGCUAUGAAAAAUUAAACAUCGAGGGGACAGAGAAGGGUAACUGCGGCAGAGACAGGCAGAACUGGAUUCAGUGUAGCAAACAGGACGUGCUAUGCGGAUAUCUUCUGUGCUCCAAUAUUUCUGGAAUUCCUCAGAUUGGGGAGCUGAAUGGAGACAUCACCAGUAUGAGCUUCUACCAUCAGAAUCGAUACUUGGACUGUAGAGGGGGGCAGGUGACGCUGCCUGAUGGAUCGUGCUUGGGAUAUGUGGAAGAUGGGACACCAUGUGGCCCCAAUAUGAUUUGUUUGGAUCGGAGGUGCCUCCCUGCAUCUGCUUUUAAUUUCAGCACCUGCCCUGGCAGUUGGAAUGGCGUGAUCUGCUCAGAUCAUGGGGUUUGCAGCAAUGAAGGAAAGUGCAUCUGUCACCCAGAAUGGACUGGAAAGGACUGCAGUGUGUACGAUCCGCUUCCCGUCCCUAAACCUACAGGGGUGGUAGAGAAGUACAAAGGUCCUAGUGGUACCAAUAUCAUCAUUGGAUCCAUUGCAGGGGCCGUCCUCAUUGCUGCAAUUGUGCUUGGAGGGACCGGAUGGGGAUUCAAGAAUAUCCGAAGAGGAAGAUCUGGAGGCGGAUAGACAAGAACGCUAUGCUCGCUCACCAUUCCUCAAUAUUUAAAAUCAUUUCCAUUAAGAUCCUUCUGGGACUUUGCUAAGGAAACUAACAAUCAAACCGAACUGAAGUGUAAAGAAUGGAAGAGGAGCAACGGCCAAUGUCUAAAGGGGAAAACGCUUGAGAUCUCGCUCUGUCUUCCAAAACUGGAGUUUAACUGCCAAUCCUUUGGGGGAACAAACCAAACUCUUCGACCAAGAAUAAAGAGAGGGGGGCAGUCGGGGAAGCUUAUUUCAAAUAACAGUCAUCGUAAGUCUUUGAUGGUCUCUUAAAAGACCCCGGUCCGAGAUGUGUUUGAUGCCCAUAAACGUGAGAAUAUAAAUCAGCCCACAUUCCAAAUGUCUGAUUAAAAACCUGCCAGGAUCAUUGGUACUUAUUGGAACUUGGAUGACUGAUGCUGUCCCCCCGUAAACCCCAAAUAUGUCAUUAGAACACUAUGGUUCUAGGAGGAAAGGACCAUUGAAAUCACUGCCAUUUAUUUCUAGAAGUACUAUAUCCCUGAAGAACGAUCACUGCCCUUAGUUUACACUGAAUAGUUCGAAUAGGGGGUCCCACGUUAAACUUGAAUCAUAUCACCAUAACGACUACAGAAAGUGCAAUGUAGAACAUGUCAGCGUAGGGCCAUCGAGAACCUUCUAGAACAAGGUAAUUCUUCUUGAAGCCGAGUAGCCUUCUGUCCAACUGGAAUUUUCUAUGAAGAAGUCUGUUUUAAGGCCUUUUUACAGAAAGAGUGUUUCGUUCCUCAACUGCAAACUCUAAUUAAGUCAUUAACCAGGCACCCUUUUAUUAGACUGUAAAUCUUGCUUGCUGACAAAUACUUUUUUUUAGAUUGGGACUGUAAAAUGAUUGCAUAUUUUCAUCUUUUAAUUGCACCAAUAAUUGUUAAAAGAUAGAUGUGGUUUGAGGGAUUUUUUUUCCAACACAAACUUAUUUGGCAAGUCACUACCGACAACUAUGUCAUUGCUACUGCACGGUGAUAAGGUUUCUGCCAUGCAGAGUUAUGGGUAGAAAUUCUACUGCGCCCAACGCCAAAAACGAGGUUCUCCAUGUCUGGAGAACUUCUACAAAAUGUGUGACUUCAGCAGCUAAUAUCCCAAACCUCAUAUGGAACAGCUACUCCUUUUUACAAAGGUUUUUGGAUUUACCAAUUUAUUUUCUGUGUUGGAACAAUUGGUCCAAAUCCUCCUGCCCUAUGGCCUGUGCCAAAAUUGCUCUCUGCAAUUUGUGCCAAAGUUUUGUCUGCCGAGAGGUGCCAAGUUCAGCCUGAAGUGCUCCCUGAAUUAGAAUUAAGGAGUACAAUUCUGUGUAGGAGCACUUCUCUCUGGGGUCUGGCUGAACCCUAAUUGCUGAACUAAUUGAACAUUUUUGAUAAAUCCAUAAACCGAUUAAAUAGCUGGAAUUCCACUUCCACCGACGUUAAAUCCGCUCCAUCAUUUUUAAAUUUAAUUUGAGGAAUACUUUCCCUUCACACCUUUAGCUGUCAUUGGGGGAUCACCAUAUAAAAUGAAUUUAUCUGUCCGGGUUAAUAAUUCUACUUGAACAAAGUUAAACAUCUGAUCUAUACCUGGCGUUCUUUUUUUCCUAUUUAUCUAGACGUUUCUGUCGCAAAUGCUUAUUUAUCUGCAAGGCACUAAUGAAAUAUUUUUGACCACCAAGUUGCACUGAAGAUUGUACAGAUAGGAAAGGAAAGAAGCAGAACGGGGAAGGGGAGAAGUCAGUAGACAGGAACAUGUACCCUCAUGAUUUCAUAUCCAAGAUGCUUUUCUUCCACCCCUACAACUUGAAUCAAAUGUAGUAUGUGUGUGUUUACUAUAUGACCAAAUGUCCACCAGGAAAGGACUUACAAGAUGAUAGCUUCCAAAUCUCUCCUGUGUUUGUUUACUUCUUGUACAAGAAUUUUUUUUGUGGAUAAGGACAGCCUUAGGUUGGACCGGCCUUCCCUUUUAGCCAGUAAUGGUGGCAACCGACAACAUUCCAAUGAACGAAAUAGUAAUUAUUUCAAUUCAAGACAUUCCUUCCAAAAGUAUUGACAUUGACUUGACAUUUCCAUUCUUUUCUGCACCCUCAGUAGUCUGGACUCCGCUACUGUAGGAUCGAUGAUGUUGGCUGAAGAGCAUCAAGCCAACAUGGAGUCAGUCUUUCCAAGACUGGUAACCUCUGAAUAAGUCACUGCCAGUAUGAUUUUGGAUUCAUGGUGACCUGCAGGAAGCAACAUGAAAGAACUGGCCCUUGGUGGACCAAAGAGAGAGCACAAUAUAGACAGGGUGGGUCUCUAUAGCAGGAAGGGAGAUGCUAGAUCUUAGACUUGGAUCUCCUGGGACUAUAUCAACACCUCAGUAAACAUUUGUUUUUCCAGUCACCGUCAUACCUUGACGUCAGUGUGGGCAAGUGUCUAUUGGAUGCCACCACCUCAUCUUCUCAGUAUCCAGAUUGUGGUCCACCAGAAGCCCCACACUGCUGGAUGUUUUUAUUGUAAGAUAAAGGAGAACCCGACUACGGAACUGAAUUCUGAUCAAUUCUUAGCAGCUCUUACUCUUCACUUCUACACGAACUCGAUGCGGAAUGGGUUCGGAGAACUUGAUUAAAGGGAUUCUUUUAUUAAAAAAAUCAAAUAAAAUGAAUGUGCUAACGAA